UUAAUAGUUUAAACCGUAACCUUAUCCAAAACACCUGAGCCUCACCUCCAAGCAUCCGAAAAUGGCGGUCUCUGCUAAAACCCCUCAAAUUCGUCCACACACAGAGACUCACAAUCCUCUUCACUCCAAAACCCAUAAGCCCAAAACUUUGAAUUUCUUUCACAAUAUCCAAACUCACCGAAACUCCCUCAGAAGACCCCAUGAACUCUCUGUCUUCAACUCCAACUCCGUCGACACAAGGACCCCAAACAGAGAUUUACGCCACUUAUGCCUCCAUGGGCAAUUGGAACAAGCACUUCAACGGCUGGACUCCAUGCACGAACUUCAGCUACCCGUCGAGGAGGAAACUUACAUUGCUCUGCUUAGGCUGUGUGAGUGGAAGAGAGCAGGGCAUGAAGGAGCUCGGGUGUACUCCUAUGUAUCAAAAAGAAUUACCCGUUUAAGCAUUGGGCUCGGUAACGCGUUGUUGAGUAUGUUUGUGAAAAUGGGGAAUUUGAAUGAUGCAUGGUAUGUGUUUGGGAGAAUGGAGGAAAGGGAUGUCUUCUCUUGGAAUGUUUUGGUCGGUGGUUAUGCGAAAGCAGGGUUCUUUGAUGAGGCUUUGAAUUUGUACCAUCGAAUGCUGUGGGUUGGAAUACGGCCUGACAUAUAUACCUUUCCUUGUGUUUUGAGGACUUGUGGUGGCGUACCCGACUUGGUGAGGGGGAGGGAGGUUCAUGCGCAUGUAAUUAGAUAUGGGUUGGAAUUGGAUGUCGAUGUUGUUAAUUCAUUGAUUACUAUGUACGCGAAAUGCGGUGACAUUUUUAGUGCACGGUUGUUGUUUGAUAAAAUGCCUAAAAGAGAUAAGGUCUCUUGGAAUGCAAUGAUUUCAGGGUAUUUUGAGAAUAGGGAGCUUUUGGAAGGAUUGAGAUUGUUUUUAAGGAUGUGUCAAGAUUAUUCCGUUGAUCCAGAUUUGAUGACCAUGACAAGUGUGAUUUCUGCCUGUGAGCUUCUCAGUGACUUGAGAUUGGGGAGAGAAAUUCAUGGGUUUGUGGUCGGGAUGGAAUUUGAGGCUGAUGUUUCUGUGUGUAACUCUUUAAUUCAACUGUAUUCGAGUUUUGGGAUGUGGGAGGAUGCUGAGAGAGUGUUUUCUAGAAUAGAGUCUAAAGAUGUGGUGUCGUGGACAGCAAUGAUUUCUGGUUAUGAAAAUAAUGGGCAGCCAGAGGAAGCUGUGGAAACUUACAGAAUGAUGGAGCUAGAAGGUGUCCUACCAGAUGAGAUCACACUUGCUAGUGUUCUAUCUGCUUGUGCCUCUCUGUGUCUUUUAGAUAUGGGUAUUAAACUUCAUGAGUUUGCUAGCAGGACUGGACUAAUUUCAUAUGUUAUAGUUGCAAAUGCCCUUAUUGAUAUGUAUUCCAAGUGUGGAUGCAUUGAUAAGGCUUUGGAAGUCUUCCACAACAUUCCUGACAAGAAUGUCAUAUCUUGGACAUCCAUCAUCUUUGGCCUUAGGAUCAACAAUCAGAGCUUUGAGGCAUUGAUUUUGUUUCGGAAAAUGAAACUCAAACCGAAUUUUGUCACCUUGGUUUCUGUCCUAUCUGCAUGUGCUAGAAUAGGAGCUUUGAUGUGUGGAAAAGAGAUUCAUGCUCAUGCAUUAAGGACCGGAUUAGGCUUUGAUGGUUUUUUACCUAAUUCUAUUCUAGACAUGUAUGUAAGGUGUGGAAGGAUGGGACCUGCAUGGAAUCAGUUUAACACUCAAAAAAGAGACGUAGCUUCAUGGAAUAUUCUGCUAACAGGCUAUGCUCAGCGUGAGCAAGGAACACAAACUGUGGAGCUUUUCCAUAAAAUGAUAGAUUCAGGGGUUAAUCCAGAUGAGGUUACAUUCAUCUCUUUACUAUGUGCAUGUAGUCGAUCAGGGAUGGUAUCCGAGGGGUUUGAGUAUUUUAAUAGUAUGAGAGACACACAUUAUAUUGUCCCAAAUCUGAAGCAUUAUGCUUGCAUGGUGGAUUUACUUGGCCGUGCUGGCCAUUUACAGGAUGCUCACUGUUUCAUACAAAAAAUGCCAAUAAAGCCUGACCCUGCCAUCUGGGGAGCUUUGUUAAAUGCAUGCAGGAUUCACAGGCAGGUUGAGCUUGGGGAGCUUGCUGCACAGCAUAUUUUUGAAGUUGAGAAAAAAAGCGUCGGUUAUUACAUUCUCCUCUGCAACCUCUAUGCUGGCAGUGGCAAAUGGGAUGAAGUUGCGAGAAUAAGAAAGACAAUGAAGGAGAGAGGGCUUAUUGUUGAUCCUGGGUGCAGUUGGGUGGAAGUGAAGGGAAAAGUUCAUGCUUUUCUCAGUGGUGAUGUAUUUCAUCCUCAAAUAGAGGAAAUAAAUGCAGUUUUGGAGGGCUUUUAUGAGAAAAUGGAGGCAGUCGGUUUAAGUUGGUUAGAAGACAGUUCUAUUGGCAAAGUUGAAUCUACAAAAGCUGAGAUCUUUUGCGGGCACAGUGAGAGACUGGCCAUUGCAUUUGGCCUCAUCAAUACUGCCCCUGGGAUGCCUAUUUGGGUGACGAAAAAUCUCUACACGUGUGAAAGUUGUCAUAAUACAGUCAAAUUUAUCUCCAAGGUUGUUCGGAGAGAGAUUUCCAUCAGGGAUACUGAACAAUUCCACCAUUUUAAGGACGGAGUCUGCUCUUGUAGGGAUAAAGGUUAUUGGAGGAAAUUUGGACAGAGUGUUGAAAGAACAUAAAACCAAUUUUCAUUUAGAAAUAUAGAAAGCAGUGUUCUGCAAUGGGUUAGUGUUUCUUGACCAUGAGUUUUAUGCAAGACAGGAAAGUGAGCCAUGAUGAUUUGGAUUUUGGACAGAAAUAUAUUAAUGAAGGUGUUUAUUGAUCAUAAAAAACAAAUUUACAACUUCAAGGGGGAAGAAUUUGUCAAUAUUCCAGGUCCAGUUGAAUUUUGAUCUGUGGUACUGCUGGAUAUCCAGCCAACUCCCUUCUCAGGGCAUGCCCUCCCUCAUAACAAAUGUUAUUGGCAAAGGGUAGAGUUCCUUAUGCUAUCUGUAUUUUCCCCAUAAAAUUGCAUACUGGGGCUGAACUCAAUGUGGAUGACAAUCUAUGAAUGUUGCUAAUGUUGUAUAAAAGAUCAAAUGAAGAUGUGAAUAUUUUUUCUUUUGUAUUC